AUGUACCGGAACAACUCUGUGAUAUCAAAUUCGUCGGACUCGCCACAGACAUCCCAGCCUUACUACUCUAGAAUUCUCUUACCAAAAGUGUCGGGUAAUGGUCCAAUAAAUCAUUCUCAAAGGCGACACUCUCUUUUAAAUGGUUCAAGUUCAACAUCCUCAGACCGUUCUAAACAAUCACUAGUUUCAGCCUAUUUUGGUCGAAGUCGAACACUACACAGGGAUUCCCCAAGUUAUAUGCCGACUAUCUUUAACUUCCAGCCUUUAAAUGGUUACCAUUCUCCAGUUCUGAAACGUCGCGUUUGUCGGACUGAGAGCACAAAGGCAAACUUAUUUGGGACUCCUGAGCCACCUAAUUCAGAUAUAGCCAUUAAACAUGGUUUACGUGUUUUCGAGUCGAAAAAGCGUGCUCGUGAACUUUCUGAUAUAACUGUUACUACAGAGGAAUCAUCGCAAGAUGAAUCAGACUUUGGAAAUUCUAAGCGUCGAAAAACAUCUAGGACAUUCGAUAUAUCUACCGUGGGGUGCACACACGAUGUCGACGGCUUUUCCUUCACAUCCUUGCGUCAACUCAAUAGCGGAAAUGCAGUUGGGGUUACUGCCUGUGCCACUGAUAAUAGAUUACUAUCCAAAGUGAGCGAUCGAAAUAGCAAAUCCGUUCAGACGCAAGUUUUGAAUGAGUGCGAAGAUGAUAGAACAGUUUCAACCACAUCAUCUGCGGGGAGUGUUAAACCGUCCCUAAAUAAUAUUUUUGGAUCUGCUGCAGCUCUGAGAAGAAAGAUUCCAUACAUGUCACCAUCUGAACUUGAAGCCCAUUUGUUGUCUACUAAGGCUUUAACAUAUACGAGUCAGUAUGCUCUAGAGAAUCACACCUCAGAAGCAGGUGAUUUUAAUUCUAUUGAUUUGGAUACAUCACCUUUCAGUAUUCAAGAAAAAAAGUCACUGCUCGUAGGAUUGCAACUGAAAACAACCAAACCGUAG